AUGGAGGAGCUUGUUGAUGUUAAUGUUGGUUGUGAUAUAGAUGAUGAUAUACAAGAAAAUUUCGAGGGAAAUGUAGAAGUGGAAGUCCAAAGUAUGUCAAAUGAGUCUAGUGGAGCAUGCGACAGUGUGAGUUCUGACAGUAUAUUUGAUGAGUGGGAGUCUGAACAAUUAGUUAGUGGAGCAGGAAGGGAUGAAGAAGAUACAAAUGUAGAGGGUUAUGGAACUUUUGCAACAUUUGUGUUGCCAAAACGUAUGGUUGACUUUAAGUGGGAAGUUGGGACAUAUUUUGCUGAAAAAGAAGACAUAGUGGAGGCUAUAAAAAGUUAUGCCUUGGAUAAUGGAAGAAAUAUUAAGUUUGUUAAGAAUGAUAAAGAAAGAAUGAGGUUCAAGUGUGUGGGUGCAAAAGGUAAAUGCCCAUGGAGGUUAUAUUGUGGUUAUAUGAAGGCUGUGAAAACAUGGCAAUUGAGGACAAUGCUGGACAACCAUACAUGCAGCAGGGAGUUUAACCUUAAAUUAAUUGAUUCCAAGUGGUUGAGCAAGAAGAUAGAGAAAACUAUUAGAGAGAAUCCUACAGUUAAGGGUGUGGAUAUAAGGGAAAAAGUUCAAAGGAAAUAUAACAUUGGUAUUUCAAGGCCAAUUAUUGGUUUAGAUGGAGCAUUUUUGAAAGGUAAGUACGGCGGUGAGUUGUUAACAGUUGUGGGCCGAGAUGGGAAUGAGCAGAUGUUGCCAAUUGCAUACUGUGUUGUUGAAGUUGAGAACAAGGAUUCGUGGAGGUGGUUCUUGGAACUAUUGGUAGAUGACCUUGGAGGGCCUGAAAUUUGUUCAAUAUUCACCUUCAUAUCAGACCAACAGAAGGGUCUACGUUAUGCAAUAGAUGAAUUACUUCCUACAGUGGACCAAAGGUUUUGUGUGAGGCAUAUGUAUUCAAACUUCAGGAAGAAAUACCCUGGCAAAAACCUGAAGCGUUUAAUGUGGAGGGCAGCUACAACCACACAUCCACAAACCUGGGAGAUGGAAAUGAGAAACAUAAGAGCAGUGAACGAAGAUGCUUAUAAGCAUUUGAUUGCCAUCCCUCCAAGUUGGUCAAGAAACAAGCUAUUUGAAGUUCGUCACAUAUAUAACAAUGGAGAUAAGUUCGUAGUCAAUAUAGAUGACUCCUCACGCACAUGCAGAACUUGGAUGAUGACUGGAAUCCCCUGUUGUCAUUCAUUGGCUACAAUGAAGUUCCUCAACAUUGAUGGAGAAAAAUUUAUUGACUCUUGCUACUUCAAGUCCACAUAUGAGGAGACCUAUUCAACAAUUAUAUAUCCCAUCAAUGGAGCCAAAAUAUGGAACAUCACUCCACAUCCUGAUGUGUCUCCUCCACACAAAAGAGUCUUACCUGGAAGACCAAAGAGAACACGAAGACUAGAGCAAUGGGAAAUGAGUGAUGAAGGUUGA